CUCACGCCCAACUUCCAGGAAGAAGGUCUCGUCUGUAGCUGUGACUCCGAGGACGAACACUGCUUCAAUAUCAACGUCCCCUCAGACGAUCCCGACUUCGCAGGGAGGCCCUGCUUGCCGUUCGCUCGCUCCCUAUCCUCUCCGAACGAAGGGUGCCACUUGGGCCGCCGGCAGCAGCUGAACCAGAUCACCGCCUUCGUGGACGCCUCCAACGUCUACGGCUCUUCGGACGAAGAGAUAGAGGAGCUCAGAGAACACCCUGGUGACCAGAAGAGAACAACCUUCCCCUCUCCGCGCAGCACCAGUAACUACGUCAGGCUGAUGACGCCAUUGUCUCAGGACUUACGCAGUUUUACUCUAUGUCUGCACAUGCGCACCGACAUGAGCUCCAGCAGCGACGCAGCUUUGGUCAGCUACGCUGUGACGCAACAGGCCAACGAGCUACUCGUCUUCAAUAGGGGAUAUAGAGGGCGCGGUUUUAAGUUGUUUAUACAAGGCCAGGAAGUUGUCCUGGGUCCCUUGCCGGUGUGGGACGGCGCGCGGCACGCCUUAUGUGUUACCUGGCGCAGCAGUGAUGGCUCUUGGCAGGUCUUCGCUGACGGUGUGCUGAAGAAGAGCGGCUCGGGAUUUUGCAGGGGUGGAAGAGUGCGCAGCGGUGGUACAUUGAUCCUCGCACAGGAGCAAGACCGAGUUGGGGGAGGGUUCGCCAGAAAUCAAGCGUUCAGCGGAGAACUGUCCCAGGUGAACCUCUGGGACCGCGUGCUGUCUCCAGCUGAAGUAGGGGCGGACUGGUCGGCGUUCUGUAAUCACCAUGGCAACGUCAUUGACUGGGCAACCGCUAACAUCCAAGUUGUGGGUCAGGCCGUCAGUGAUCAGUAUCGUUGUCCAGCCACC